UGUUAUAAACUAAUUUAAAAAAUGAUGGAUAACAUCCCAGUUGAAUCAUGCACUGUUAUUAAUACAAAUGAAGUUAUUGAAGAAUUAACAAAUAUGGCUAACUGUGAUCCCACUUCAGCCAAAGAAUUGCCUUUUGAUACUGUAGAUGGACUUGUAUCUGAUUUAGGCAUGAUGUGUGAAAUAAAAAUAUUAGAAAUUGCUAAUGUUUUGCAGCAAAAAGUCAUGUAUAUAUCAGGAGGUAAAGAUAAAGAAGGGCACCCAUUGAUUCUUUGCACAACAUCUCCUAUAUUAGGAUCAGUUUCAGAGGAUACAUUUAAGAAAGCUGUAAUAUAUUUAGAAAAAACUGCCUGUGUCUUAUGGGAAAACCAGAAGUUUGUUAUUAUCGUCGACAGUCAAAAUGAUAAAUGGGCAAAUGUGAAGGUGUUAAUGAAGUUACUUGAGGACUUUGAAGCAUGCUAUAUUCACUACAUAUUAUUAAUAAAACCUCAAGGAUUUGUUCAGCGUCAUUUCAGUGUUAAAGACACAAAGCAACUUCAAGAAUUUACAAAGCACCCAAUAGUCAUUUUGGAAAGUAUAGAAAAACUGUAUAAUUAUGUGGAGCUCAACGAACUUCCAGCCGAUCUUGGUGGAUCCCAUAAUUUUAAAAUCAAUGAGUGGAUAGAGUAUACAACUGCUAUUGAACGAUUUCAAAAGACAUGUCUUAAAUUGGGUAAUCACGUAAAAGAGGUAUACAAUUUGUUUAAUAAGAAAAGAUCUUUAUCAAGUGUUGAAGAAGUUGAAAGUUUAUAUAAACAACAAGAGCAAUAUGUGGAUGACGUUUCAGACGAUUUAAGAUGCACAGUUGAAAUUUUUAACACAUUAGAACCAAUUGUUAAUAAACCAUACAGUGUCUUACAACAAGAGCAAAGUUUGUUAGAAAAAUAUAAUUCAGCGCAGUUGCAAGUAUGCUCAGAGCGCCUUCAAUUUCUUAGUCAGUAUUUGCAAAACCUUUGGAAUAAACAAAAAACGUACCUUGAACAAGCUAAAGAAGUUUGUCAGUUUGAACUCUCUUUUAACACAACCGCAAAGAAAUUAAAGCAAAUUACUGAAAUCUUGGAGUCACGAACAGAUAUUGGAGAUUCACUUAGUAGUGCCAAAGAUCUUUUAGAAGAAUUAAAUGAUUUUGAAAAUAAAAGGAAGGAGCCCUAUGAAGAGAUGAUGAAGCUUAAAGAAAAGGGAAUUGCCAUACUUGUUGUUUUUUUGCCAUUUGCUCAUCAUUCAGUGAAACAAUGCAAUAUUGAAAUGCAAAAUCUAUGCCAUGAGUUUGAAUCUAAGUUAGAAGUGCGAAGGAAUUUACUGCAAGUGUCUCUAGAUGUCUUUAUGUGUUUGGAUAAACUACAUGCAUGGUGUCAGGCAGGUGUUGACCUGCUGGCUGCACAACCUGCUGAAUGUUUUACUAAUGAAGAUCUUGCUUCUAAAUGCUUUAAUGAAGUUGAGUCGUUUAUGAAAGAUGGACAAGGAAUUAAUUUGAAAAAAAUGAAUCAGAUUAAUACAUUGUGUGCGAAACUACAAAACAAAUUUCUUUAUGAAAAAGUAGAGCAGGCAUUAAAACGUAUGGCUGAAGUAAAGUUAAUGUUAGAGAGAAGAGAAGCAAGUUUGAAGAAAGUGAUUAAACCUGUGCGACCAGUACAACUAGUUAAGGCAUUAGUACCUGAACAACCAGCACCAAGUCAGCCAGCAGUUAACAAAUCUAAAGAAAAGGACCUUAAUUUGGAUUUGAAACAACCUGACGAAAUCAAGACUAAAGUAUCGGAUGAUUUGAAUAGGAAAAAAUCCCAUAUUCCAAAUUCUCCGGUGUUUGAUAAAAAUGAAAUCAAGGUUGUAGUCAUGGAUGACAUUGAGCAGUUCAAAAGAAAUACAUUUAGAAAAUCAUUGCGCAAAUCAGUUAAAAGACCUGUUUCAUCACCAUCAGAGCUGGAAGAAGCAGAGUCUGAAGAAGAUCCUGAAAACCGUGUAAAAAUACGUCAUGUAGUUACAGAACUUGUUAACACAGAAGUUGAUUAUGUUAAUGAUUUAGCUGUUGUGAUGCAGAGCUAUUUUAAAUCAUUUGAUGAUCCUAAAUAUGAUAUCCCUGAUCAUAUUCGUUCACAGAAGCACAUUGUCUUUGGAAACAUUGAGGAAAUUUAUAACUUUCAUAGCAAAAUCUUCUUGCAAGACUUAGUUAAGUGUAGGAAUAACCCUUAUUUAGCUGGACAAGUUUUUAUUAAUAAGAAGGAAGAGUUCCAGCUAUAUGCAACAUACUGCAAAAAUAAACCAAGCUCAGAAGAACUAAGAAGAGAGCUACAUCAAACAUCUUUUUUAAUUGAAUGUCAAAAAGAGCUUGGGCACCAGCUAAAUCUUGAUUCUUAUUUAUUAAAGCCGGUUCAGCGAGUCACAAAGUAUCGUUUGUUGCUUAAUGAAAUGUUGAAGUAUGUAAGCGAAAAUCAUUUGGCUCAUGCAGAUAUUAAAGAAGCUUUGCAAACAAUGAAAGAAGUGCUGCGUUAUGUGAAUGAUGUCAUGCAUUCUACGGGAUUAGUUGGAUUUGCUGGAAAUUUAGAUUUGCAAGGAAAACUUUUGCUUCAAGACUCUUUUCUUGUUUGGGAAAGGAAAAAAAAUGCAAUAAGUCAAUUUAAACUAAGUGGUGGUAAACAGCGUCAAAUAUUUGUUUUUGAAAAGUGUUUAAUUUUUUCCAAGAGAGAAUAUGAUAAUGAUAAAGCUCUGGCAACCUAUCAAUGCAAACUUUUUCUCAAGACUGCAGAAAUAGGAGUCACAGAGACAGUAAAAGGGCAUGAAUGCAAAUUAGAAAUCUGGGUGCAGAGAAGAAACGAAGUUUAUACAUUGCAGGCACCAAAUCUUGAAGUGAAACAAGUAUUGAUUGCAGAGUUAAGAAAAAUAUUAAUGUCACAAUUUACUGGUGUAAAAGAAACAAUAAAUCGAAAAAUUGCUCCUGAUGACCUUGCCAUUACAGAAGCCAAUCAGAAAAAGCCAUCUUUUUCAGAUGAAUAUGAUGAAAAUAGAAGUUCUCCUACUCAAGCUAUUUUUUCAAAUAAUAAAAUAUUGAGACCAUCAGGAAUGAAUUCUAUGAAAAGGGCUCAAAUGAAUCCAGUAAAAUUUUUUUCUAUUGAUUCUUCUGAUAUGAUUUUGGAUAACUCAAGUGAUGAGUCUUGCUCUGAUUGGUCAGAAAAUGAGGUUGAAGAAACAGAGCCUGCAGAGACAACUGUUGAAACAGUUUUGAAUAAAAAUAAUAAUGAGGAAAAUUUUAUUGCAUUAGCAGAAUAUAAUUCAGUUGAGGACUCAGAAAUGUCUUUAAAAGAAGGAGAGUUAGUAAGUGUUGUUAAAGAAGGUGAAGGAGGUUGGUGGUAUUGUAGUAGCCUAUUAAGUGGGAAAAAAGGUUGGGCACCAUCUGGAUAUUUGCAAAGGGCUAGUUUGACUAAAGAUGCAAAAUUUGAACCAAUCAAACCUUCGUCACCAAGUCCACGAAAUCGAAUCGAGACAAUAGUUUAGUUCUUAGUUUGUUUUUUAUAUAUACUUUUUUAUGUUUAUUUAUAUACUGUGAUUCUUUCUAUCUAGAUAUUAUACUUUUUUAAAUAUUUUUC